AUGUACGAGGAAGAAGUGGAGGAGGUUCACUAUGAGGAAGACGAAGAAAUUUCAUCGGAGCAGUGGCAGGAGGCGUGCUGGGUUGUCAUCUCGGCAUAUUUCGAUGAAAAAGGCCUCGUACGCCAGCAGCUGGACAGUUUCGAUGAAUUCAUCCAAAUGAACGUGCAACGAAUCGUUGAGGAUUCGCCACCGGUUGAGCUACAGUCCGAAGUGCAACACUUUUCCGGAGAUUUGGAAAAUCCGAUCAAGUUUGCAUUAAAAUUUGACCAGAUCUAUCUGUCCAAACCAACUCAUUGGGAGAAAGACGGUGCACCGACACCGAUGAUGCCAAAUGAGGCCCGUUUACGGAAUCUGACAUAUUCUUCUCCGUUGUACAUUGAUAUCACGAAGACGAUGUCCCGUGACGGUGAAGAACCAAAGGAAACGAAAUAUGAAAAAGUAUUUGUUGGAAAAAUCCCGAUAAUGUUAAGGUCGUCCUAUUGCAUGCUGGCAAAUAUGUCGGAUCGUGAUUUAUCGGAACUCAAUGAAUGCCCAUUGGAUCCCGGCGGCUAUUUUGUUAUUAAUGGAUCCGAAAAGGUUUUAAUUGCUCAAGAAAAGAUGGCAACAAACACAGUUUAUGUGUUUGCGAUGAAGGAUGGAAAGUAUACGUACAAAACAGAAUGCCGUUCUUGUCUUGAGAAUUCCAGUCGUCCAACAUCGACGCUCUGGGUGAAUAUGCUACCACGCGGCGGCGGUAGCAACAAGAAAUCUGCAAUGGGCCCAAAAAUUAUUGCAAUUUUACCGUACAUUAAGCAGGAAAUUCCAGUAAUGAUUGUGUUCCGUGCGCUGGGGUUUGUUUCGGAUCAUGACAUUUUGGAACACAUAAUUUACGACUUCGAAGAUUCAGAAAUGAUGGAAAUGGUGAAGCCGAGUUUGGACGAAGCUUUUGUCAUACAGGAGCAAAAUGUUGCACUGAAUUUUAUUGGCGCACGUGGCGCAAAGCCUGGCGUAACAAAAGAGCAGCGUAUCAAGUAUGCCAAGGAAAUUCUGCAAAAAGAAAUGCUCCCUCAUGUUGGCAUCUCGGACUUUUGCGAGACCAAGAAAGCGUACUUCCUUGGCUAUAUGGUUCACAGACUGCUACUGGCAGCACUUGGACGCCGAGAGUUGGAUGACCGUGAUCACAUGGGCAACAAACGACUCGAUCUGGCUGGACCGUUGCUGGCCUUCUUAUUUCGAGCGCUUUUUAGGAAUUUGUUGAAAGAGACACCCCUGAUCACUCGAGGACUUGCUUAUUCACUAGCAACGGGGAACUGGGGGGACCAGAAGAAAGCGCAUCAGUCUCGUGCCGGAGUGAGCCAGGUGUUGAAUCGUCUGACAUACACAGCGACACUUUCACAUCUGCGCCGUUGCAAUUCGCCGAUUGGCCGCGAAGGAAAAUUGGCGAAACCACGGCAACUUCACAACACACAGUGGGGUAUGGUUUGUCCGGCCGAGACUCCUGAGGGCCAAGCUGUGGGUUUGGUGAAGAAUUUGGCGUUAAUGGCUUAUAUAUCGGUUGGCAGUUUGCCGGAACCGAUUCUCGAAUUCUUGGAAGAAUGGUCGAUGGAGAAUCUAGAAGAGGUAGCACCGUCAGCAAUAGCCGAAGCGACAAAGAUCUUUGUGAAUGGUGCUUGGGUGGGCAUACAUCGCGAUCCGGAGCAACUGAUGACUACACUGAAGAAACUGCGACGAGAAAUGGAUAUCAUCGUUUCGGAAGUGUCGAUGGUACGGGACAUUCGUGAUCGGGAAAUUCGGAUCUUCACGGAUGCGGGACGAGUUUGCCGCCCUUUGCUGAUUGUCGAAAAUCAGAAGCUUGCACUGAAAAAGAAACACAUUGAUCAGUUAAAGGAUAACAGUUAUUCGUGGUCCGAACUGGUCGCUGGUGGUGUUGUUGAACUGAUCGAUGCCAUGGAGGAAGGUCGAAAAUCUUCCUAUUUUUCUCGAUCUUACUGCCUUCCAGAAGUGCUAUGGGUAAGCAAGCGAUGGGUGUUUACACGACAAAUUAUCAUGUUCGAAUGGAUACACUUGCACAUGUAUUGUAUUAUCCGCAAAAACCUCUUGUUACGACGCGUUUUUUAUCGUUCGUAUCGUGAUCAGGAAGCAAAUUUGGAUAAUCCUAACGAGGAAUUGAUUGAAAAACCAACAAGGAAGAUGAUUUGGACGCUACAGUUAAAAGAUAUACGAAAAAAGAUGCGAGUACAUUUUUGCGAAGCAGUGAAACGGGUAUUGUCGAUCAGGCACGGCCAGAAAGGUACAAUGGGAAUGAUGUAUCGGCAGGAAGAUAUGCCAUUUACGAAUGAAGGAAUUACCCCGGACAUUAUAAUCAAUCCUCAUGCAGUGCCAUCGCGUAUGACAAUUGGACAUUUAAUUGAAUGUUUGCAAGGAAAGGGUGAAAUUGGUGAUGCUACACCUUUCAAUGACACUGUUAAUGUCCAGAAAAUUAGUAAUUUGUUGCAAGAGUAUGGUUAUCAUUUACGUGGCAAUGAAAUUAUGUACAAUGGACAUACAGGCCGCAAGCUAACAACACAGGUAUUUUUGGGGCCAACAUAUUAUCAGCGGCUGAAGCACAUGGUGGAUGAUAAAAUUCAUUCAAGAGCCCGCGGACCAGUGCAGAUGAUGAACAGACAGCCAAUGGAAGGCAGAGCCAGUACCACUAAAAAAAUAGCGUGUCGCAACAAGACGCAAGUAUCAGCGGUUCGCAUUCCGUAUGCAUGUAAACUGCUGUUUCAGGAAUUAAUGUCAAUGUCGAUAGCACCUCGUCUCAUGAUUUCUUAA